CGCCAUUGUAAAUAAACGUUACUCAUGCCAGCAUGUAAUUUUUGACGAACAUUUAAAAUGAAACUUGUGAAAUAAAUAUAUACUGCAAACACUUAAUCGACGGUCACUGCCAUGAGACAUUCAGAAAGGAUUUAUCUAUAUUGAGUAUCUUCUGUUGUUUACCAUGAAGGCGUUUAGAUCUCCGAUUGCACAAGUGGAUCAGAAUGUGUACCUGUGUGGGAUUGGCUGCAUCAAAGAAGAGAAUUUAAAAAAUAGAGGAAUAACUCAUAUCCUGAAUACUGCAGAGGAGCUCGCAGAGUUUCAAUACCCAGCUCUGGAUAACCUGAGUGUUCGCCACAUAUUAAUGAGGGAUGCAGAAAAUCAAGACUUGCUUGCAUUCCUUGAUACUUGUGUGGACCACAUACAUUCUGUUACAAAUUCUGGAGGCACAAUUCUAGUCCAUUGUGUGGCCGGGGUCAGCCGUUCAGCAAGUGUAUGUAUGGCAUAUCUAGUCAAAUAUAAAAACAAGACUCUCUUUUCUGCUUAUCAACACAUCUUCAACCAGAGACCAUGUAUUUGCCCGAACCUUGGAUUCUGGCAGCAACUUGCUGAGUAUGAACUCCAACUUAGUGGAUCAUGCACUAUAGAAAUGUUACCAAUGGUGUUGGGAAUGGUUCCCUCUGUGAUGAAGAAGGACGCAGAAUUCAGGAUCCGGACCGCAUGGAUGCAGGACCUUGUUUCCAUGUUCAGUGUUCAUUUUAUUCUUCUUCUUAUUCAGAUCUUGUCGAUGUAUUUUUGGGGAAACUAAAGGGCAAUCUGUGUGUCCAAAAAUAGGUUCAUAAUCCAGGGGUUCAACAGUUGUACUACAAUAUAUACAGAUCUGAUUAUGCAGACUUUAUAUUAAAUCUCAUUAUAGUUUGAAGUUUUUAAUUCAAAAAAUUUGUGCAACAACUUACAAGGUUGUCCUCGAGGCUAGAUCAGUUUUUAAGUAUUGAUAUAGUAUUUAUUGAUAAUUCACAUACAAGUUGGCAUAGUCUACAUAGGUGCUGUGCAUUUGAAUUUGUAAUGCAUGCAUUUUGUACAAAAAUAUGUUGAUUCUGCUUUGUAUCCAUAUUUUAUCUGUGAUGUUAUUCUUUGUUGAGAUUAAGCAAUUCAAUUUUAUUAGUUUUGUGAAUGUGAUUAGUAUUUUACAUAUCUAUUUGUAUUGUUUUACUUGAUUUAUACACUUUUGUACAAAAGAAAUAUCUGUAUAUUCAAUGAAUGAUUGGCUUUAUGAUAUUAAACCUUUAUAACAAG